AUGCCCAGCGACUCUCCAGCCUCCCGCUGGAUCCUCCUGCUCACCUGCGUCCUCAGCUUGAUUAGUCCGAUCAUUUGUCUGCACGAAAAAUGCCCGGGAUGCGAGGGAUCGGUAGGAUUGGUACCAUUCGAGUACUAUUGUGGACGGCAGCUUACGUGUAGGUGUGGAUCUCCAAUAACCGACCCGGACCGCGGCCUCAGCCGCCAGUGCUUAGCAACAAAGAAGGGCACACGUCAAACAUGUAAAGCGGGGUGCGGAUGGAGAGAUGAUGAUUAUGAAAAGCUGUGCCGGGAUGAAGACCAUGAGAAGGAGCCGUGCCAGUAUCCAGUUCAUGAUCAUCCCUCAGCCACAAUUCGUGCUUCCUUUGAGAUUGGUUCGACGGCCCUGUUCCCGGAUGAAAAUCACCUGCACGAAGAGCCAGCAUCAAUGCAUGAAGCUCACCCUUCUUUAACCACCCCUGGUUCAUACAAAUCUGGGUCGUCGAUUUCUAGACACUCUUCCUUCGCCUCCAGGAGUGGCAGAAGCGCAUCCUUCAGCUCCGAGUCUACCUCUCCUGAUAGUGCGCAAUCUACUCCCCUAGCCGCCCGUGCAGACACUUUUGCCUCUUGGGAAUUCGGAACAGACUUCAUCAACAUUCAUGAGGGGAAAAAUAGCUUCAAAAGUGUGUUGAGAGCAGAAGAUCCCAAUACUUUACAGAAAAAUUAA